CCGGGUAGGGAGGUAGCUAAGGGAAUUGGUUCUCCCUCCCGUGGUGGUCAUUCCUGCUGUUGCUAUGGGGGGUGGCGGGAGUAGCCAUGGCAAUAGGAAGGUCUCCUUCGAGCUGGAUGAGCAGGAGCGAGUGCGAGUCCUGCAGGGCAUCCGGCUUUCUGAAGAUGUGGUGAAACGAAUGAAGGAACCUUUCCAACCUAAAAGGGAUCAGCGAUCACCGUCCUUGUCUCCUCCUCCUUUGUCACAAUCUACGGAAGGGAAAUGUAAAACGUCUACAGAGAUCCGUCCACCAACAGCUGACAACUUGGGUCGAAAACCCUCCGAAGCAGAGGAGGAUCUGUACAAGAGGUAUGAGCAAGAGCAGGCAAUGGUCCAAGAGGAGCUACUCCGACUGGCCAAAAGAGAGCGGGAAGCAGCCAACGAGAGUCUGAAUGUGAGCCUCCAGCGGGAGAGAAAUACCACCAAUGAAGAGAAGCUGAAAGCAGCCCAGCUGCCUGUGGAUUUGGAUGCGUGGUCCCAGGAACUGCAGUGGAAGGAUGAAGAACUGAAGAGGAGAGGCACCUUCUAUAAGGAGCAGUUGGCCCACAUUGAGAAGAAGAAUUCUGAAAUCUACAAGAUGACCUUGGAUCAAUACAAUGAGGCAGUUACCAAUGCAGAAGAUCAGAUCAGGAACUGUUGGUCCACUUCGAUUAAAGCCCAGCUGCUGGCAAAGUGCAGAAAGCAGGGGACCACAGAAGCUCUUAGAAGCCCAGCAUUCUUUUGGAUUCAUGCUGAUGCAAAUGAGUGCCUUCUGUCCAUGGUGGUCCACAAAAUCACCAUGAAUCCAUAUCCAGAUGCCUGCAUGUAUCAGUCUUAAUUGAUGGAUUUGGACUUGAGGGGGAAGGACCCUGUGUUUGGAGGAAAAGCUAUGCUCUGCAUAAUGUAUGUCGCCACCAUCAUUAUCUCUCUUCCAUCGAGAGAAUAAUUCCCAUGAAUAGAUCUUGUUUCCGAUGGGGGACAUGAGUGAUAAGUCUCCAUUUUUUAAUUUUUUUUUAAUAAUCCUGUUAAGUUUUUUGUUUCACUGUUACUCUGUAUUUCAUAAGAUGUUGCCUUUGUCCUUCAGAGCAAGGAAUCUAAGGAAAUGCCAGAGCCUGCUUAUAUUGAGUUAAUACUGACUCAAGCAGGUGUGAUUGUGUGUUUGACACUAACAGAGACAUUCCUGCCUUCCCCUCUCAAGCUUCCUCCUAAGAACAAUAAAAAUGUGUUUAAUGGCC